AUUCGUUUCCUGUAGAUAUAAACUACUACUAGAUGAUAAGUGACGUAUUUUAUAUAAUAAUUUGUAGUGACCGAAAAUGAAAAAGAAAAGUUUUAUUUCAUGGAUAUUUGUGUUACACAUUUCAAUUGUUUCUGCGGAUGCUUUGUGCAAUAAGGCCUUACUAAAAGAUGCUAGUAUAAGUGCUACUUCUUUUCUCUCUGAUGAAAGGAGACCUGAAAAAGCCAGACUUUAUGGUGCUUCUGCGUGGACUGCACAACAUAAUGAUUAUUACCAGUUCCUUACAAUAAAUCUCAAAGAGAGAAAGUCUAUUCAUGCUGUAGCGACUCAAGGCCGAGACUACAGUAUGGAAUUUGUCACAGAAUAUGUUGUCCAGUAUAGCAGUGAUGGUGACAGCUGGCGAACACUGACAACAGCUGAUGGCAGUUCUGAGUUAUUUGAAGGUAAUGAAGAUGGAGAUACAGUGAGCCGAAAUGAUUUUGAGACACCAAUCAUUGCUCAGUGGAUUAGGAUUAAUCCAACAAGGUGGCGUGACAGAAUCUCCAUGAGAAUCGAAUUAUACGGUUGUAACUAUGUUGCUGAAUCCAUUAAUUUUGAUGGCCAAAGUUAUGUGUCAAUGGACCUAAGUAAGAGAGUGGUUGCAUCACAGGAGGAUGUAUUUAGGUUUCGUUUCCGAACGAAUCAUGCUGAUGGCUUGAUGUUAUACAGUCGUGGUAGUCAAGGUGACUUCCUUGCCCUUCAGCUUGUGGGAAACCAACUAGUUUUGAACAUGGAUCUUGGAGGAGAAGGUAUCAUGACCAGUGUGAAGGUGGGCAGUUUGUUGGAUGACAAUCUCUGGCAUGAUGUUAUGAUUUCUCGAUACCAAAGAGAUGUAACCUUUAAUGUUGAUAGAGUGGUUGUAAGAGAACAGAUUAGAGGGGAUUUCACUCAACUGAAUCUCAAUAGUAUGUUCUAUAUUGGAGGACUUCCAAACUUUAACCAGGAUGGACUUGUUGUUGCUGCUAACUUUACUGGUUGUGUUGAGAAUCUUUUCAUUAACCACACCAAUGUUGUUGCUGAACUUAAAGCUGAUACUGGUUAUUAUUUUGAGAAACAAGGAGAAAUAUUUUAUUCAUGUCGGUAUGAGCAGGUGAUUCCAGUAACAUUCACUACAUCAGAAUCACACAUCAAAGUGAUUGGUUACAUGCAAAGAACUAUGAACUCAAGUUUUGAUUUUCGCACCUUCAAUGAAAAGGGCAUGUUGCUGUACAACAAAUUCUCUGUUGAAGGUUUUGUAAAGAUUUUUCUUGAUGGUGGAAAAAUUAAAUUUGAAAUAAAAGGAAAAGGAACUCCUCAAGUCAUAAUUGAACCUUUUGAUGAACCUUUAAAUGAUGGGAAGUGGCAUGCCACAAUGAUAAUUUUAAUGAAUGAUAGGAUUGAGUUGCAUGUAGAUGGUAGACCCAGCAUCACUAAACGAACAUUUUCCAUGAUGACGGGCCAGGAAUAUCUUAUUGGAGGGGGUUUACAUGAAUCUGAGGGUUUCGUUGGUUGCAUGCGAUACAUUUAUGUGGAAGGCCGCUACAUUCAUGUUCUGUCUCUGCCCAGCAACAGAUACACUGAGGGAGUUGUGUUUGAUGCUUGUCAAAUGUUUGAUAGGUGCAACCCUAAUCCAUGUGAGCAUGGAGGAAUCUGUAAUCAAGACUGGGAUGAAUUUACUUGUGAAUGUAGUAAGACUGGAUAUACUGGUGCUGUUUGUCACAUUCCACGUCACCCGCUGUCUUGUGAAGCUUACAAAAUAGACAACCCUAGUUCAAAACAUGUUGACAUUAAAAUUGAUGUGGAUGGCAGUGGACCUUUAGAUCCUUUUCCUGUAACUUGUGAAUUUCUAUCUGAUGAUGAAACCAUCACUGUUCUUCACCACAAAAAUGAGCAGCCAACAGAUGUGAAGGGAUUUGAUAAACCUGGCAGUUAUAUUAGAGACAUCAUCUAUGAUGCUGGAAUGGAGCAGAUAGUUGAAUUAGUAAACAGAUCAUAUAGUUGUAGUCAACAUUUAAAAUACGACUGUCUUAAUGUUCGUCUUUUUAACACACCAGUUGCAGAAGUUGGUCCAUUUGAACCCUUUUCUUGGUGGGUGAGUCGUAACAACCAGAAAAUGGAUUACUGGGGAGGCUCUUUGCCAGGAUCAAAGAAGUGUGCCUGUGGUCUGUUUGGAAUCUGUAGAAAUCCCAAGAAGUGGUGUAACUGUGAUUCCAUAUCUCAAGGAUGGCAAACUGAUGAAGGAGACAUCACACAAAAAGAAUAUCUUCCAGUGCGACAAUUAAAGUUCGGGGAUACAGGCACUACUUUAGAUAAAAAAGGCCGUUAUUUCUUAGGUUCUCUCAGAUGUGAAGGAGACUCACUCUUUGAUAAUGUGGUCACUUUCCGAUAUGAUGAUGCUACGAUAGAAUUGCCACCCUUUGACAUGGGCCAUGCAGGGGACAUUUACUUCCAGUUUAAGACUACUGCUGAAAAUGGUGUGAUUAUUCACAGCCGUGGACCCACGGACUUCAUCAAAGUUACGUUAGUGGGUGGAGACCAGAUACAGUUCCAGUACCAUGCUGGUAAUGGGCCACUUGGAGUUAGUUUAGAAACUACGUACAAGCUUAACAACGAUGAAUGGCAUUCUGUAUUAGUAGAACGUAAUCGCAAAGAAGCCCGGGUUGUGGUGGAUGGAAGCCUGAGUGGGGAAGUUCGAGAAAGCUCUGGACCAGUGCGAGCCUUGUAUUUGACCAGCCAGCUUGUUAUUGGUGCUACAGUAGACUACAGACAAGGAUAUGUUGGUUGCCUAAGAGCCUUAUUACUGAAUGGAGAGAUGAUAGACUUGAGAAACAUUGUUGGAGAAGGUUUAUAUGGAAUAACUGAUGGUUGUGUGGGAAAAUGUGAGAGCAACCCUUGUCUAAACAAUGGUACAUGCCUUGAAGGCUAUUCUAAUUACCUCUGUGAUUGUCAAUGGACAGCAUUUAAAGGUCCUAUCUGUGCAGAUGAGAUUGGAGUGAACCUACGAGCUGAGGACUACAUCAGAUAUGAUUUUGAGACAACAAUCUCAACUUUAGAAGAAUAUAUUCGUGUCCAAUUUACCACCACCGAGCACCAUGGCCUGAUUGUAGGUGUCUCCUCUUUCACGGGCGAGUACUUAAGUCUUGUGAUGUCAACAAGUGGUCAUUUGCGUUUGGUGUUUGACUUUGGCUUUGAGCGACAAGAAAUCAUUAUAAAAAAUGAAAACUUUGCUUUAGGACAGAACCAUGAUAUUAAAAUAGUCCGUUCUGAUAAAGGUACCAAGAUGACUAUUUAUGUUGACAACCAUGAACCUCUUGUGUACACGUUCAAAAUAGAAGGAAAAGCAGAUGCUCAGUUUAACAGACUAAAAAGUAUUUAUGUUGGCAGAAAUGAGACCAUGGAAAGUGGGGAUGGAUUUAUUGGAUGCAUUUCUCGUGUCCAGUUUGAUGACCAUUUCCCCCUAAGACGCUUAUUUCAGGAAAGUCGACGUUCCAAUGUUAGAGCCUACCCUGAAACUGUUCGAGAGGAUACAUGUGGGAUUGAGCCUGUAACACAUCCACCUGAACUCAGUGAAACUCGUCCACCUCCUACGCUUCCACCAGGGGUUCUUAUUGAAGUGUCAGAGCCAGCAGUGGAUGAUUCUACUAUUCUUGGAGUGGUACUAGCUAUCAUUUUUGUGGCUCUCAUUUUGAUGGCUAUCCUGAUUGGCCGCUUCAUGUCUCGUCAUAAAGGAGAGUACAAGACUCAUGAAGACAAAGGUGCUAAAGAUGCUCCAGAUGCUGACACAGCUGUAAUCCAGAGUAAAACUGGACCUGAUGUAUCUAGGAAGAAAGAAUGGUUCAUUUAAGUGUACAUAACAGACUGUUCAAUCAUGCUCAGUAUUUUUAGUUUCAAGAAAAAGUGAACAGAUUAUUUCAUAUUAAAAACAAGAUUUGACAUUCCAUUUUUUGUUGUUUUUUUUAAUCAUUUAUAAUAUAAAUGUAUUCUUUUUUUUUGUUGUUGUCUUCCACAGAAAGGGCAAGAACCCAAGAGUUAACAUAAAACUGUAAAACACAUUAUGUUAGAUUGUGACACAACUCCAGAAAUUCCUUCCAAGUCAAAUAUUUAAGAAACUUUAGAAUUGUUGUAGUGAAUGAUGUUUUAGGAGAUUAGCCUGAUAUACAUGGCAGUUCUUAAUCAUUAGUAUUGAUCUAUUUGUUGGUCUAAUUGUUGAAAAACAAUUUUUAGACUAAUUGAGACAGUGAAUUUGGCCAUCUCUUAAGACAUUUAAAAGUUCAUUCUUUAAUGUAUUUUCUCUUACAGUAGAUAAUACCACAGCAUUAUUCAGGUUAUAUUCAUAUGUAAAGAAAGUAAGUUGGAUUGAGACUAAUUUGAUGAAUCUUAUUUUACUGUCAUCAGUAUUAAGUUUGUGUGCGGUUACUUUUUGCACUCAGAAAGAUUGUUUUGCACUAACUCCUGUAAUUUUCUCGUAUUAUUACUUUGUAUUCUAAUUUUCUGUUAAGAUUAUUAACCAAAUCAUAAAAUUAUACAUAACAUGUAAAUGGAGAAUAGUUGAUAUCUUUGUAAUGUUUUUUUACUAAUAUGCUUUUACUUAUAUGCAUUUAAAAAUUUUAUGCAUUUUCAUUUAUAUUGUGUAGAAUCUCAGAACACAAAAACCUUUAGAAGGAGUUAGUUCAUUAAAGUGUUUUAUGUUUGUAAGAUCUUUUGAAGAAUUCUGCUACUCUAACCAGAAUUAAUUCAGUUACUAUUUUCAGUUCACUGUGCAUUCAGUCGAAUAAGAAUAUUAUCUCGAAGUAGUUAAAUUUCUGUUGAUAUUACUGUUUGUCCAUUUUUUAUAUAUAUAAUUGUUACUUGUUAGUUUCAUUUGAGUAAUUGUAGGGUAAGAAUAGGUUAAUGUGAUCAUAGGGAAGUGAUGGAAAUCUAUUUUUGUCAUUAGGUGGUAUGAUUAACUAGUUUUGAAUUUCUUUUGAUCUUAGAUUACAGUAUGACUUACUCUAUUUUGCUGUUUUUUGAAAGAAUAACAUAGGAAAAUUAAGAAAAGUAAUAGGAAUCUUUACAUAAGAAGCCUCAUUUGAAAUAACUUGAAAUUGAAUUUAUAAGAUGUAUUGAUGUUUCAAAUAUCUUUCAAAAAUAAUAUAUGUAUUAUUGUACAUUUUGUUAUUUCUCAGCUUGAUAUUCUUUUUACAGCGUGAAUUUUAGUUUUUGGUGAGUAAGUUAUGUGUUAAAAAAAACAGAAUUUAGAAAUUACAAUCUGUAUGAAGUAAUUCCAUUGGUGUUCUUAUUACCUUAUGUCUGUCAUAAGAAGGCCACAUUGUUUGAAGGUUGUGAAGAUGUACUUAUGAUUAGGUUUUUCUUGAAACCUACAAGAGUAAAAUAAGAGCCUAGUGUAACUAUUUGUAACUCCUUUACAGAACUAAGACAAAACAACCUGCAUUCCAGUACAUUACAAAGAAAUUCUAAACUACAGAUGUAUCAACUAUGAAGUUUGUCUUAAACUGUAGCUUAAUUAAAUAGACAACUAUAAAGAUAACUCUACCUUUGAAAGUGUGUUUUAUCCUAAAGAAUUUUCUGUUUUACAUUAGGCUGUAUAUGCAACUACUUACCUGUCAAAAUUAUUAUAAUUUGGAAUGUGCUUCACCAUUUUACAUGGCUUGUUGCUGUUACUAUCUUUCCCUGUAGAUAAUGAUUUUGAGCUUAUAUAAAAUAUAAGUGUACUUCAAAACAAUACUGUUAGAAUUUAGGGUUCAGCAGAAAUGCAAAAUUGCUCCAGCUUUAUGUUAUUUGAUCAUGAUUUCCAUUUUUCAACCAUGUAUCAUGACAUGAAUCUAACGGUGUUCUAUAAUAAGACUUCUGGCAUAAAACUUAAGUUGUCAAAUAUAAAUGUUAAGGAUAUGGUUACAUUUAUAAAUUGCAACCAGUUAGUAGCAUAUCACACAUGUAACAUGUUUUAAAAAUUUGUUACAUUGAACUGUUAAUAAUCAGAGUUAUUAUAACAAAUUAUCAAAGUUACUGAUUUUCUUUAAAAAUUACAACAAUACUACUAAAUUUAUUUAAAAGAAAUAAAACGAUUUUUAAAACAACUGUUCACCAGCUACGUUUACAAUUGAAGAGGCUUGUUAAAGAUAUAUAAGCAAAAUAGUCCAACUAGUGGGUAUGACAUAUAAACAUAGAACAUAGAUAAUAAAAAAAAGUUUCUAAUUUACUUCUUUCUUAUGUGUUUAAUAUUUAUUUUAAUAAAUUUUUAAA